AUGGGGUCUUCGCUUUCGACUGACGCUAGGUUGACGAACACGCCGGGGCUGCAGGUGCGGGAAGAGAAGGAAGGAGGGAAGAAGAAAUGGUAUUAUUAUGUCUGGGACACGCUGGACAAACCCAAAGAGGAGCGGUGGUUCAUGUUCAAGCUGGAUGCUGCGCUGCUCACCUUUGCGAGUCUCGGGUACUUCAUCAAAUACCUGGAUCAGUCGAAUAUUAACAGUGCUUUUGUAUCUGGAAUGAAGGAGGAUCUUGGUCUCUGGCACAAUCAGCUCAACUACAUGCAAACCUGCUGGACUGUCGGCUACGUCAUCGGCGAACUUCCCAGUAACAUUAUCCUUACGCGCUUCCGGCCCUCCGUAUGGAUUCCAACGAUGGAAGUCACCUGGUCUGUCCUCACCUUCGCUCUCUCUCGCGCUAAAACAGCAAAGACGAUUUACAUCCUACGCUUCUUCAUCGGCCUCGCUGAGAGCACAUUCUAUCCCGGGAUGCAGUACAUCAUUGGAUCGUGGUAUCGCAAAGAGGAGCUCGCCAAGCGGUCAUGCAUCUUCCACACAAGCGCAGCCAUUGCGACCAUGUUUUCGGGGUACCUGAUGGCAGGAGUAUAUAAAUUGGGCGGGAGAGGUGGCUUGGCCGGUUGGCAGUGGCUGUUCAUAGUCGACGGGGUGAUCUCACUGCCGAUCGCAUUGGCGGGAUACUUUGUCCUGCCUGACGUCCCUGAGAUCUCGCGGCCCUUCUAUCUGACGGAGGAAGAGGUGAAGUUUGCGCAGAAAAGGAUGGAGCUUGAGGGCCGCCAGAGGCGACAACCAUAUACCAAGUCCAAGGUCCGCAACAUCCUAACGUCGUGGCACAUCUACGCUUUGACACUUUUGUACAUCUUUUUCAAUAAUGGGGGCGCGGGCUCUCAGCCGGUGUUCCAGCAAUUCCUCAAGGCGUCCAAGCAUCCAGAGUACUCUGUCUACGAGAUCAAUACGUACCCAACCAUUACAAACGCAGUGCAGGUAGUCUCGACACUGGCGUAUGCUUGGACCAGCGAUAGCGUGUUGAAAGGCGCCAGGUGGCCACCUAUCGUUCUCGGCGGGGCGGUAAACAUCAUGUGUUACGUGUCUCUGGCGAUCUGGGAUAUACCAAUCAAGUGGAAGUGGGCAUGCUUCGCUCUAUCCGGAAUGGGGGGCGGGCUUUCGGGUCUCUGCAUGGCAUGGGCCCACGAAAUCUGCACUUACGACAACGAAGAGCGCGCCAUUGUGAUCGCGUCGAUGAACGAGAUGGCUUACGUGAUCCAAGCUUGGUUGCCGCUGAUCGUGUGGCAGCAAGUCGAAGCGCCGGAGUACAGAAAGGGUUUCAUUACGGUCAGCUUUCUGAGCGCCAGUCUGAUUGUAACGGCGUUGACGAUCCGUGUGCUAUUCGCGAGAGAAAAGGUCAAGCAGGCACGAAGGUCGUGGCCUGAAGAUGAAGCAGUGGAAGUGCACGAUGGGCCUUCCGGAACUAGCGUCGAGGGGUUGGAAGUCGAAGUUGGCAAGUGA